CUUCCCCGAAUAAAUUUAUGCAAUUAAGCUGCGUCAUGCAAUUGCACUAUUUUAGUGGUUGUGCUAUUCUAUGCCUAUUGAUGUUCCAUGACAAAUGUCUGGCUUAUAAAAUACCCAAUGUGGAUUUUGAGAUGCUAAACGAACGUGGAUUUGAAGUAUCAAUACCUGACGAACCCGGAAUGCAACGGGUGUUUUACUUGUUUCAAAUAGACGAGAGUUGCCCAGCUCUAAUGGAUUAUAUUACUGAGCCCUUGUCGGGUAACUGGGUCUCAAAACAAAAAUUUAGCCUGCAAAACAAUGACAAAAUUCAAAUCUCUGUGCUCGUACAGUACAACGAUGAAAUCUACGAGAAGAGUGAAACACGUGUGAUACUCAAUGCGCGGUUGUUGACGACGCGGGAUACCAAAUCACAAAGCAUAUCCCACCCCCCAGAUGAGGGCAUAUGCCAGGCCUAUUUCAAUGGCGAGCAGGAGACAAAGCCAUGCAAACAGGCACAGACAAUUGCUCGACAGGGCCAGCGCGUCUGUCAGGGCGAUCUCCUGUUCGAGGACACUUUCAAUACGGCCGAGCUAAACCGAACGACUUGGAAGCACGACAUACGACAGCGCAUGUACCAUGUCGAGGAGGAGUUGGUCGCCUUCGAUGAUGCGCAAAAAAAUUCCUAUGUCAGGGAGGGACAAUUGCAUAUUGUGCCAACAAUCGCUACAGAAGUUACCGAGGGUAGCUUCAAGCUUGGCGACCGCUGCACUGCCAUAGACAGUCCAGAGCAGGAAUGCAGCAUAUCGCAGGGCAGUUUCUAUACCAUUAAGCCACCUGUUUAUUCUGCACAACUUCACACGCGCAACUCGUUCAGCUUUAAAUAUGGAAAAAUCAUUGUGCGCGCCAAACUUCCGAAGGGUGAUUGGCUUUUCCCAUAUAUAAUGCUACAGCCCAUUUCGACGCAUGCGGAGUCGCAUUAUGCGAAGCAGUUGCGAAUCGCCUACGCUCGGGGAAACGCACACUUGAGAAGCAUCCAGCAGGAGGACAUAUCUGGAAACCAUUUAUAUGGCGGAAUGAUUGUCUGGCAUCAUGGACGUGCCGUGCAGUUUCUAAAAGAACGUUUAAGCAAUGUGCAUUACGGCGAUGAUUUUCACAACUAUACGAUGAUUUGGAACAGAGACAAAAUUACGCUCAUGGUGGAUGAUGAGGUCUAUGGCGAGUUGUACGAUGGUUUACCUUUUUUUAACGAAAAGUGUUUCAUAAUUUUUGGCGUAACUGUCGGUGGCUUUCUGAACUUUGACGACAACAUUUUGCCAAGGGAUGUAAAACCCUAUAAGAAUCGGGAACCGCGUGCGGCUUUGGCAUUUUGGCAGCACCGCGAUACUUGGGAACCUACGUGGGGCAAACAUAGUGCAAUGGUGAUUGAUCAUGUACGUGUUUACGCAGAAUAGAAUUUUUAUACAAAGUACUUACAUAUAUUAUAAAACUAGAUAACAAAAUAUAUUUGAUUGUGUCGAAACAGCAAAA